AUGGCAACGAAAGACGAGACGACGCGCACGCGCACCGAUCGAAUCAAGGCGGACUUACGGUCAAUCUCCACAUGCACAAAUGCCACAGCGACUGCACUUCAGGACUUGCUGUCAAAAAAGGAAGAGGAUGCACCACAAAAGGAGAAUGUUAGAGCCAAAGUUCAGCCUCCCGCACGGAGGAGAGGCGCGACAGCAACGGCUGCGGCGUCAGCGGAUAUCACAAAGCAGAAGAACUCAACCCUUGCGCCCAAGGAGAAGUACAUACUAGCGACUGAGGUCGCCAACACGACGCUUCAGACGCUCGCCGAUGCGCUGAAGAAGCCACAACCUGUAAUUGCUGCCCGUCCCCCUACCAAAUCGAAGCCAACGCCUGCCGAAAAUGCGCGCAAGCCUGCGAGACCGCGACUCGGUCAUACAACGAGCUCCUCUGUGUCACAAAAGCCUCUUAGGGAACGGUCCGUCUCGCAAAUCAACAACUCACCUGAAAAACGCGUCCCUCGGCGGUCAUCUUCCUAUUCUUCCUUCCUCUCACCAGGUCCAGACCCUGGCCUUCUCGCAACAGCCGAAUGCGCAAGAACCGCAUUUGCAUAUUUGGGUACACCAGAGGCACAAAAGGUUUUGGGGAAGGACUCGCAAGAACUACAGUACGAAAAUGGUGUGCUCGUGCUUAUUGGAAAGCUCGUCGCACUGGGCCUAGACAAUAUAGCAGUCAAAGAGUUGAGAGGAUUGAAAAGGAAGUUGGAGAGAUAUCUUGGGCAGGAUACGGGGAGAGAGGAGCCCAAGUCUGGCCUACAGCAACAACUACAGGGAACUGCAGAGAAAGAGAGCCUUGCCUCCCUUCUCGACUUUGCAGCGAUCGACCUAAAGAGCCCUGCUGUGCCACUAGUAGCGAACUUGCAAAUAUACACGUUGCGCAUCAUCGCAAAGCUGAAGAGGCCUCGGACUGUUGAAGCCACUUGGGAGUUUCUAAAAAUGACCAACCCUUCGUCGCCAGCGAACCUGCUCUUGCAUACUGCGAAGACUUCGAACGGCCAAGCGAAGGCAGCGAGACAGCUCGAGUCACUGGCACAGACGGUUCUCUCCCUAUGUCCGAGCAUAUCGACCGCAGAAGACGCAAACAAUCUACAACCAUCUGCGGAGACCGUGUUCCUGUUACAGCACCUGGCUUUCAGCAUUCGAAAGAAGUGGUGGAGUCUUGUCAAGCAUCAAGCCAAUGUAGACCGGGAGCUUUCCGAACCGUUUACGAAAUGUUUAGUUGCUUUCGCCCGCAGAUCGCAGCUCAGCCCAACUAAGAAGUACAAACUCGCCGAGACCUUGUACGUUGACUUGGCAGGGUUCCCAGGCGAGCCCAGUUCACUGGCGGCAGCAAACAAGACUCUCUCCUCUCUUGCGCAAGCUGCGGACUUGUCUGAUCAGGCUCUUCGAUGGCUGGGGUCGUCAAAAGAGACGACGAGCUCCAAUACGUCCGCAGCAAAGCAAACAACACGCGCGAUACGAGUCGCCACAAUCACUCUCGAGGCAUACGUGAAAGGAGAGAAGAAAUCGGACUUAGACGAGACCAUCACCACUGCACUUCGGAUCUUGGAUGGAGCUUUGGGUGGAUCAAUGUCUGAUUUGGAGACUUUGUUCGCUGAAGUGAAUGCACUGCGACGCGCAGCAACACGAUUACUUAUCACAAGCAUGUCGAAAGCUACAGAAAGCUCUGAGAGCACUUCAACCGAACAGCAUGCCGUACCCAUCAUUGCAGCUAGUGUACAUUUCUUUGCCAGAUUCCUCGGAACUGCAUCGUCAAGUGAAACAGACACAAAGUCGCAAAACCGAAAACAGGAACGAGUAGCUCUUGCCUGGAAAUGUGCCAAGAGUGUGGUUGACUCUUUGAUGGCAUGUUGCAAGCAAACAAUAAAGACACUAGACCAAUGGAAGGAGUUGGAUACUAUCCUCCAGGAAUGCUCACAUAUCAUACGUCGGUUUGAAGAAGAGAUCGGACACGGUACACUCUCUGGUGAAGAGAACAUCUCCCUCGUGGGCGCGUAUAUGGUCAAGCUAUCAAACGCAUACUGGUCUUUGUAUCUGCAGCUACGAAGAGCGCGCUGCAAACCCGAAGCUCUUGUUGUAGCUAUGCAGCGCUCAAUCGACCUUGUGCAAUCUCGUUCGCCACCCGAGAGAGAAAGCGGACUCCUGUCAAUGAAGCUGGAAAACUUGGGCGAGACCUUGGAGGAUUUGAACCAUAUCGAUAGCUCUCGUAACGCUUUCCGACAAUGCAUUCGAAGUCAUCUCACCGACAAUGUGCUGCAGCAGCUUUCGGAGAAGACGUCAACAUCCUCCUUGCACAUUGUGUUCAGUAGUGAGGGACCGUUUAAUGCUCUCGUUCGGGUAUUGAAGACAUUGCAUCACUCCUUCGUCACAUCUGGUCCUCAGGAGGCAGGCGAAGUAGCUUUCUACGACGAUGAUGAGCUAGAACCAGGAACUAGAGGAGCCAUUUUGGAGUUACAGCUUGGCUUCUACCUACGAACUUUGGCUAAGAAUCGACAGUGGGACUCAAGCCUUGACCAGUCAAUACGUAUUCUGGUAGAAAGACUGCGACAGGUUUACGUGGCAGAAACUUAUCCGAUUCGACGUCUCAGACUCUUUGUCACGCUUCUUCAGCUCUCUCAACAGAACCCGCAGAUAUUGUCUCAGGAGUCAACGCCCUUUAACGCCACAGAUGAUGGUGAGAUGCAAACAGCAUGUGGUGAAGACGAAGCAUUAGGACGCUAUCAAGUUCAUCUAAAAGCGCUUCGCGACCUUAAGUCUUCGAUGCAGCAGUCUUCUCCUCCCACAUUGACCUUCCAACAGUGUUUCGCAACGUGGGAGUCACUCGUUAGCUCUACCUCCGCAUGGGAGGCACUCACAGAUCGUGUCGAGAAUACUGAAUCCUGGCUGCAAGAUCUCCAAGUAUGCCUUGAAUACCUCAACGCGAAAGGAGAGGAGUAUCUUGCAUUACCCCUUCUGCAUCUUCUGGUUAAGAUUCUGGAGCUUCAGAACGGGUCCGAUGCAUCCGAGCUCACCGCCACGUUAUGUGCCCUCGGCCUGCAGUUUCUUCACCUUGGGUAUACCGGUAAAGCAGGGUUAGCUCUAGCCAGGGCCGAGACGUUGAUCGAACGCCCGACUUCAUCUGUGGAGGUCAAGUUGCAAUGGCACAUGGCAUACGCCGAGUAUCUUGUGGCUAUUGGGAACACCACAAAAUGCUUGACUACGAUGACCAAUGCUCAAUCUCUUGCGCUCAACGAUCGCCAAUUCAUGGAUCUUGCAAAGCCCACAACGACGCUCUCCGGCAGAUUGCGAUUCAACAAGAUAGUGGCGGCUGCCGCUUAUGUCCAGUCGCUUCUCGCCACAGCUACAGGAUCAUACAAGGCAGCAGCUCGGCAUGCGAGGCAGUGCGUGACAAUCAAUCGCCGCAUUUGGGCCGCCCUCGAAUCACGGGCUAGCGCGAAGAAGAUAACACCUGUGCAGAAUGCGGAACCUGUCGCGCCUAUUGUCAUGUCUGUAACACAUGAUGCUCUCAACGGACCUGACUUCUGGCACCUGGUUCCUGCGUUGUAUCGGGCACUAAUGCAGCAAUCUCAGAUUUUCGCCCACCAAGGUCUAUUGCAUGAAGCCAUCCAUGUUGCUGAACAAGCUGAGAAGGUUGCUGCAGCUACAGGAUCUGCAACUCUGAUCACAGACAAUGCCAGCUGGCGCGCUGACUGUUGGGCUCAGAGCGGCAGGUCUGACAAGGCCGAGACGAUCCUCAAAUCUCUGAGUCCUUAUCUUUCCCGGAAAUGCCUGUCUACUGCAGGUUAUCAUUCAGCCGUGGCUAGGAUGCAUCACUGGAACGGUCAAUAUGAGCAGGAGAUACAGUCUUACGACUGCAUGGAGAAACUCCUCGAAGAGCUGAGUUCGCCAUCGUACAUCAAGACUCUAGAAACUUUCUCGCCCUCGGUCGACGCGCUUGCGGAUCAGGUCUCGUCUAUGACCUUGGAGACCACGGAGAAUAUCAAGAAGCCGGCCAUAAGAGGUCGCAAAGCUGCAGUAAAGGCUGCACCGCGAGCAGCCAUAAGAACUACCGCCAGCGCUCGCGCCAAGGCCACGGAAGUAGUUGCAAAGACUGUUCCAAGGACCAAACGUCAAGCGGGAAAGCCCACAGCCUUGGAAACACCCAGUAUAACCGACCAGUGUUCUGCGCUACACGUGUUCCAGGCGAGCAUGAGAGACCGAGCUGUCCUAGCGAACCUACUCCACGAUGAUCUCGCAAAAGCCCUGAGUAUUCUUGGUGAAGCGGAGCAGCUCCAGACCGGGCUAAACCAGGAGGUGUCACACAUGUGGGCUAUCUUCAAAGCGAAGCUCGCACAGAGCGCAAAGCAAAUUGCUGAAGACUUCACCGUGAACACUCUACCAGAGUCGACCAUUGCUUUCCCUGCUUUUGGUCUCGACACCGCAACGACCAAGAAGGGUGCUCUCGCAACUUCAGCUACUACUAAAAGUGGUCGAGCAAAAAAGCAAACCAAGGUGGAUUUCAUGGACACGCUUCGUGACGCACGUGCACGGCUAGUUGAAGCACACUCCCUGUGUGCUACUAAUGGAUCAAACCAUCUCUUUCGUCAAACCUCCAUGGCGUUGGGUCAUGUCACUGUGUUGAUGUCGGCAGUCUCGGGAACAGAGCUGCCAGGCUCGCUCCACCCAUUGUACGCGGCAUACAUGAGCGAACUUCCCAAAGUCAAUGCCUUGCGGCUUGUGCAAGAGUCGACAGAGGCGGAGAAGGAGCAGCUCUCGCGUGAUGAUUGUUUGCGAUGGCCAACCUCUGACCCGUCACAUUUUGCCUUCAGCUCGGUAUCCAGUUUCCAAAAAGAGUAUGUUGACAUCAUCCCAGAAACCUGGUCUGCUGUAUCGCUGGCGCUUAGUGAGGCACGCGAUGAGUUGUUCAUCACCCGAUUUGAGAGUGGCAUGUCCCCGUUCGUGUUACGCCUUCCGCUUGCCCGUCACGCUUCCCGCGAGAUGGAUGAAGAAGAGUUUUCUUUUGAGGAUGGGAAGAGGGAUUUUGAUGAGAUCGUCGAGCUCAGUGAUUUCAGUACUCGAUCGGCCAAGGACAUGACUUCCAGGGAAGCGAGACACCAGUGGUGGGCUGAACGUGAGGCCCUCGACACCCGGCUUCGCGAGCUUCUAAUCAACAUGGAAAACAUCUGGCUCGGUGGCUUCAAAGGUAUUUUCUCACAACACGAAAGACAGCCAGCUCUUCUUGCUCGAUUCCGGAAGUCAUUGGAGGAUGUACUCAACGAACACCUGCCAUCUCGUAGGAAGAAGAGCACCCAGAAGCGACCAGUGCUGGAUACACGAGUACUGGAAUUGUUCAUUGGGCUAGGCGACGCUACCAAUGAGGACCUUGAUCUGGACGAAGCGCUGAUGGACCUCAUAUACUUUGUUGUGGAUAUCCUUCAAUUCAACGGCGAACGCAAUGCAUACGACGAGCUCGACUUUGACGCAAUGGUCGUGGAGACGCAUGAAGCGUUACGCGCGUAUCACAGCGCGUCCCAUAAGCUUGAGGCUGCCUCUCGUCAUACGAUACUCAUCUUAGACAACAACUUGCAUGCGUUCCCAUGGGAGUCGCUGCCUUGUCUUGAACAAUUUUCUAUCUCGCGAUUGCCUUCCCUUGCCGCUCUUCGCGAGCGAAUACUUUCUGCUCGAUCUUCAGCAACUCUGCAAGAUGCUGCCCCGGGCCAUUACAUAUCUACAAGUACGGGAGGUACAAGCAUGUUAAAUCCGUCGGGAGACUUGGCCCAUACCUCAAAAACCAUCAAACCACGUCUAGACGAACUUGCAGGUUCUUGGAAUCACAUUGCCAACCGCCCGCCGUCAGAGAAAGAGUUUGAAGACUCGCUGCGAGAGAAAGACUUGGUUUUGUACUUUGGUCAUGGCAGCGGUGCACAAUACGUCAAGUCGAAAUCGGUGCGUCGUCUGUAUCCCGGUGAACAGGAUGAAGGGGAACGAAAACCAGGCUGUGCGACCACGCUACUUUUUGGCUGCUCGUCUGUACAUCUUACCGAAAAUGGCAUUUUCGAACCUUCGGGUAUGCUUGCUUCGUAUCUCACCGCCGGCGCGCCAGCAGUACUUGGCAUGUUGUGGGACGUUACUGACAAGGAUUGCGAUCGCUUCGCCAUUAAAGCAGGGGAACUAUGGGGACUGUGGCCUGAGGCACAAGAAGACACACCGCCGUCCAAGACGCCUGCGAAAACUCCUGCGAAGAAGGGCAAAGGCAAGAGUAGAGUUGCGCAGUUGGUUGACGAGGUAGAGGGUGUGAGGAGUGCGGAGAGUGCAAAAAAGGGAAAAAAGUCUGCGAAGCUUGCAGAUGAUCAUAGGGUGUAUGGCAGUGUGGAGACGCUCAGCCUACGCUACAGAGCUCUUGAGUCGCUAGUCAAAGGGCUUUUUCCAGAUGAGAAUGUUCAGGAUACAGAGACCCUGUUCAAGAUCGCCACGGCAAGCAACAUAGCGAUGCCGGCGAGCGACGACUAUACACCUGCAGAUAUCUUCAGCAAUGGCAGUAGCGACAGACUGGCGUCUUCUUCGGAACAGCAACAACAGCAGCAUCGGUCGUUGCAAACACCACCUGUUGCCCAGUCCACAUACUUGGGCCCACACACUACUACAUAUCCCCUGCACUCUGCUCACCGCACAUCUUCCUUGUCUACAAGCAAAGAGCGCCUACGCCAACCUGCUUCCGUAACUCAACAAGUAUCUUCCCAGAUAGAAGAGGUCAUUCGCACAAAUCGAGGCGCCUCGCAUUAUUUCGGUCCUUCCAGUAGCUUCCGGCUUGCAACAACUAUACGGGCACUCGCGUCCCGGUGGAAAGCCGUAUCUGGUGCAGACUUUCCUGGACUCCGGUCGUUCACCUCAAAUCCUUCGAGUCGAUCUGGGUCAGCUCUGAAACGCAGUAGCACAAACCCUUCAGAAGACGAGUUUGCCAUACCCACGUCUAGCCAGCGCCCCAAUUCGAGCCAUGGAAGUCGGAAGAGAUCCCGGACUGAGAUGGAGGCAUCGGAUGAUGCGUCGCAACUUCAGGAUAGCACUUCACGUCUAGAUACAAUUGGUGAUUUGAUUCCUCCCAAACAUAUCACUGACGCCCUGGUAGCAGUCUACUUUGAUCAGAUCCACAUGUACUUUCCCCUGUUCAAUAGAACCAUGUUUCAGAUGCAACUGGAAGCUACAUACUCACGGAAGGGCGAAUCCAUUGACGAAUGCAAGGACAUGGGAUGGCUAAUUUCACUAGCCUUGGUCUUGUCUUUCGGUUGCCAACAAUCAAAAGCAAAUGAUGUCGACCAAAUGCAAGCACUUCGCCGCAAGCUUGUCAUUUUCGCCAAAACCUACUUUCGUGUACUUUUGACGGCGACGCGUUUGGAAAACGUCCAGGCCCUUGUCCUUCUCAACAUGCACCAUCACAACGUCGGACAGAAGAGCAGCUCAUGGCUACUGAUAGGUCUUGCUGCGCGCAUGGCAAUUACCAUGGGAAUGCAUCGCGAUAGCUCGAAUUUACACUUUGAACCCAUCGAACGAAACGUGCGCCGACAAGUCUGGUGGUCCAUCUACGUAUUCGAAAAGAUACUGUGUGGAAUAUUGGGUCGUCCAACAGUGAUUGACGACCGAGAGACAUCGAUGAAGGUUCCUGAUGUACCAAUGCUCGAGCAAACGCGCAUCACCGCAGUUUUCAUGAACCUCUGCUCCGAUCUCGUAUCUAUAUCGUACCGUAUCCGACAACGUGCCUACUUUGACAAGACCUCGUCCGAAGAACGUUCGCCGACGCUGGCUGUUGCCAUGACCCUACUUCGCGAAUGCGACAACUUCUACGCAAAUAUCCCUCCGCACAUGUCCCUAGAUCAGGCACCAGGAGGUACAGACCUGAAAGCAAUGAUACUGUUGCUGCACAUGUACUACUACUAUACACGCUGUGUCAUCUCCCGAGACUUUCUCAUACAGAAAGUUGAGAGCAACGUCUGCUUCUUGGAAAACAAAGCAUUUCAAGCUUCUGAAGAUUGGCCGACAACUCUGAUACUUGCGGAGGACUGUGUUGAGUCGGUGCACAAGAGCCUCCAAUGCAUCACGAUUGGCAUCGAUCUUGGGAUCUUCGAGAUUAUUGGUUACUCGUGGCUAGACUUUUUCUUCGUAUUCCACGCCGUCUUGAUUGUAUGCGCCGACUUCCUUGCUCGACCCAAAGUUCAAACAGAUUCACCUAAGGACAUCGAGCGCAAAGCGACUGUGCGUACUGUGCUUGCUCAGGUCCGCGGAAUGCAGCAGAAGCUCCCGUCCACAUACAAGACCCUCGGUCAGAUUGCGCUGCAAUUGGCCAGAAUAACGGGUGUCAGUCAAGAUAUGGAUUCACCAACUAUACUAGAUGCACCACCCGAUGCGUCACUGGAGGCUGUAGUGGACAUGCUGCAUGAUGAAAGGAACGAACAUGCCGACAUACUUGACAUAGGAGGCGAUUGGUAUACGGAUGCGACAGCAGAUUUAGGCUUGGAUUUCUUCGAUCUGAGUCAAGCGACGCAUCCAGUGACAUUUCCCGUUAUGGACCCUCCAACACGUUCUGAUAAUGCGGGUGAUCCAGCAGGCGACCCAACGGGUGACGUAGUGGACGACUGGACAAACAGGGCGCUAAAGGGGAUGCACACCCUAUGA